AUGUCUUCCGCCCCAAUCCCAAUCCCAAAUCCAAAUCCCUUAGUCAAUCUCCCCGAAUUCCUCCUCCUUUGCAUGGAGGAAGAAAAUAUAACAGCUUUCAAAAACGCUCUAAAUACACACUGGCCCUCUCUCUCCGUCUCCCCUGCCAACUCCCCACAAAAAAUAAAAAUAACCCCCUUACACGAACGCCUAGAUUCAAACCUGUUAACAGAAACCUUCGACCUGAUCGUCUCCCCGGCAAACUUCUACGGCCGCUUAGAUACACAGGACGUGCUAUAUGAACGCUGGCGCGGCUAUGCGCCGCCGGGUUCCUGUACGCUUGUCCCCUUUCCAGCGGAGAUUGCGCGGACAGCGCCAUGGGGGUGCAGAUGGGUGGCAUUGUGUCCGAAUAUGCGGAUGCCGGAGACUGUAAAUUGGGAUCGCGAGGUGGUUUAUAAAUGCAUGUGGAGUUUGUUGUGUGAGGUGGAGAAGUGGAAUAAAGACGUUAGGGAGGGGGUGGAGAGAGGGGGCAGGGUGCAAGGAGAAGGAGAUCGGGAAGGGGAUGGUGGGGAGAGGAAGAGGAUUGAUAGGGUUUUGAUGCCGCCAUUGGAGGUUGGGGUGGGGAAUGUUAGCAAGGAGAAGUGGUCGGGCCAGGUUGUGUUGGCUCUGAAGCAUUUUGUGGAUGCAUUGGAGAGGCAUGAGAGGUGGAUGAGAUUGGAGUGGAGUACGAUAGGUCGGGAGAGUUUUGAGGUCAAGAAGAUGUGGCAUGAGGAGCAGAAGGCGUUGGUAGACUGA